AUGGUGGCUGAUGUGAAAAGUUCAGACUUACAGCCAGGUCAGAGUUAUCUUGAAGAUGUUGGUGAUGAUGACUGCAUUAUAAUUCAAGAAUCCGAGGAAGAUAGUUCUCAGCUGACCUCACAAGAUGAUGAUCAGUUGAAAGAAACAUUCAACAAUGGUGUGGAUGUGCGUACUCGUCGAUAUGGCUGUGAGUUUUGUGGGAAACGCUUUUAUACCUCUUCUCAUCUCCGACAACAUGUUCGUAUCCACACAGGUGAACGACCAUUUAAAUGUGACAUCUGUGGGUUCCGUUUCACACAAUCAACAAGUCUAACCAUCCAUAAGAGAAAGCAUACAGGCGAGAGGCCAUAUUCUUGUGACCUUUGUGGCUACUCGUUCUACUGCUCAAGUGAUGUGCUGUCCCACAAGAAGAAAAGGCAUGGCCUGGCCACAGCAAAGCGAGAAGCCGAGCAAGGAGACAAAUAUCGUUGCGACCUAUGCGGCCAGGUCUUUCCAGAUACAACUCGUUUGAAAGUGCAUACUCGAAAGCACACAGGUGAGAAGCCAUUCGCAUGUGAUCUGUGUGAUAGGAAAUUCAGUGAAAAGCACAACCUGCUGCGGCACAGAGACCGGCAUCUUGGAAUAAAAGCUUUUCAGUGUGAAGUUUGUGGAGCAAAGUUCACAGAGAAAGGCAACUUGAAAGUCCACAUGCGCUACCACACUGGUGAAAAGCCAUUUAAGUGUGAGUUUUGUGGUGAAGCAUUUUAUGUCACAAGUACAUUGAAAAUCCACCGCAGAAAGCACACAGGCGAGCGACCUUUUCUGUGCGACCUGUGUGGGGCUGCCUUUACCCAGGGUUCCAAGCUGCGGAGUCAUCGCAGGAAGCAUACAGGCGAGAAACCGUACAAGUGCCAAGAAUGUGGGGAGACGUUCAAGGAAAAGCAACAGCUUAACAUUCACAACAGGAAGCACACUGGGGAACAACCAUACAGGUGUUCUGUCUGUGGCAAGGCCACCCAAAAGGCCAGCCACCUGGCUGUCCACAUGCGUCUGCACACGGGAGAGAGACCCUACAAAUGUGAGGUGUGCGGUGAGAGUUUUGCACGGUCUGAUGUUCUGAAACUGCACAUGAGAAAGCACUCAUCGGAUCCCCAGUCUUUUGGUCAGAUAUCGAUGUCGGAUCAUGCGUCCAGUGGCUUGGAGUUGGUGCUUCCUGGUACUCAGGUUGAUCUGCCUCCACAUACAGCUGUCCCUUCAGGCUACUCCCAGCUGUAG